AUGGACAACAGCGCCGCACCGGUGGCGCGCAAGAUGUGUCGUGGAUGCCGCACCGAAAAAGACAUCGGCCAGUUUCAUGACCUUCGCGGUAAUGGGAAGGUUAACGCAAUCCUGUCGGUCGCCCACGCAACCAACCCCCCCCCUGAAGAGAAUCCUCCACGUAAAUUCGACGAACCCGGCCCCCGAUUCACAGGCGACGACCAGGAGACGCCACUGUUAGCCGAAGACAUGGCGACGAAAAGAGAGUUCGACGAAGCGCUUGCCGCAGAGAAGAUGCAGCGAUGCCUGCGUUGCAAGGAGCGUUGGUUCGACAUCAAACUCAUGGCGGACGGCGGCAUCACCCUGGACAAAGCCGUCUGCGAUAUCUCUGCGCCAGAGUUUGCUUCUGGCCUCUCCUACGUGGCCGUUUCCCGAGUAAAGACACUUGGCGGGCUGAUGUUUGAGCGGCCCUUCGACCGCAGCAGGGUCUAUCGCGAGACACCAUCACGAGCCAUGGGGUUGAAGUUAUUGGAUCACGCUACUAGGCGACUGCAGGCGUUAGAUGUUGUGGCGGGGGUGGAUCCUUCAGAGGAGUUAAGUCAAGUGGAUGGAGUUGCUGGCCGACGGACAGAUAUUGGCGCUUCGUCUCUCCCGUAUUCAACCCUAACCCGGAUUGUCCUCCGGAGAGGGACAGGAAAAUUGCCAGGAGCGGGAGAGAGGAAGGAAGCGCCCCGUAGCGUAGCGAAGGGCCGCGCGACUGACGAACGAAGCGACGCCAGCAAUUUUACAGCAUCGUUGCUCGUCUCGGUCGGCUCCGGCGAGGCGGUAGAGGGCUCGAAGGUGGUGCCCCUAGAUGCGCGAGAGAGCCUGUCGAGGCGUUCUUUGGCGCGUGACGACUUGAAUUGCUUCAAUUUCUGA